AUGCGGACCGAUAGGAAAACUCGAAAGAGAGACCGCUUCUGGUUUUCUUUUUAUUCGGCUCUGUUAAUGCUUUUUGGAAAAGAGGCUUCUGCGCAAAUACGAUACUCUGUCCCGGAGGAGGUUAAACACGGAACGGUUGUGGGAAAUGUUGCGAAGGAUCUUGGCCUGGACAUCACUUCUUUGAAUGACCGACGUUUCCGUGUUGUGUCUGGGACUAAAGACGCAUUCUUUGAGGUAAACCAGGACAAUGGAGCCCUGUACGUCCAUAGUAAUAUCGACAGAGAAGAGCUCUGUCAAGGAAGAGGUGUCUGCCUGCUGGAGCUGAAAAUUCUUGUUGAAAAUCCUUUGGAAAUGCAUUAUGUAGUUGCAGAAAUCACUGAUGUGAAUGAUCACGCUCCUAAUUUUCCUGAAAAACUGCAGAUGUUUGAAAUAGGUGAACAAACGUUGCCAGGAAGGCGAUUUCAGCUGCACACGGCUCGUGAUCCAGAUGCUGGAGUUAACUCUAUUCGCACAUACACUCUAUCGUCAAAUGAUCACUUUGAAAUUGAUAUCCGCCAAAGUGAUGAGGAUAAAAUACCCUUUCUGGUGCUGAAGAAACCGCUAGACAGAGAACAAAAAAUAAAUCAUUCACUGCUGGUUACAGCAGUUGAUGGAGGUAAACCUACAAAAUCUGGCACAUUGAAUAUUUCCAUUGUAGUUCUUGAUAUUAAUGACAACCGGCCCACAUUUAUUCAGGAUACCUACCAAAUUUCCAUACAGGAAAAUGUUGCAAUUGGGACAUCAGUAUUUCUAAUGAAUGCAACAGAUCCAGAUGAGGGCGCCAACGGGGAGAUUGAAUACAGCCUAGCAAAAACAUUGAGGAGAAACAUAUAUGACCUAUUUGAUCUUGACAAAUUGACUGGGGUGAUUAGAAUAAAGGGGCUAAUGGAUUAUGAAGAAAACGACGUUUAUAAAGUUGAUAUUGAGGCUUUCGAUAAAGGAACACCUCCACUGAAAGGCGAGUGUAGAGUCAUUAUUAAGAUAAAAGACGUAAAUGAUAAUCCCCCGGAUAUAGAAGUGACCUCACUGUCAGAUACAGUGGCUGAGGAUUCAAAGCCAGGCACAGUUAUUUCACUCAUUAGUUUAAUAGAUAAAGAUUCUGGAGUUAAUGGGAAAAUAAUUUCAAGUCUAACCUCAGAAGUACCUUUUGAAUUAAAACCCUCCUAUAAAGAAAACAUAUAUUCAGUUGUCACAAAGGGAUUUUUGGAUCGAGAGCAGGUAUCUCAUUAUGAAAUAACAAUAAAAGCCACUGAUUGUGGUGACCCUCCCCUUUCUGCCUUUAAAACGCUCAACAUUCAAAUAUCAGAUGUAAAUGACAACAGUCCUUACUUCUCCCAAAACCCAUUACAGUUUUAUAUGUCAGAAAAUAAUGUUGCUGGAAAGUCUAUUUUCUUUGUGAGCGCAACUGACAAUGAUUUGAAUGACAAUGCAGCUGUUUCAUAUCAUAUUGUCAGAGAAGGGGGUCAGAACGAUAUAAUGUCUUUCCUGAAUGUAAAUCCUGAUAAUGGACACAUCACCGCACUAAAAAGUUUUGACUUUGAAAGAGUGAAAACUUUCCAGUUCCACGUUGUAGCGUCAGAUUCUGGAACUCCAUCACUGAGCAGCAACGUCACAGUGAACGUGUUCAUUCUGGAUCAGAACGACAACGCUCCAGUCAUCCUGUAUCCAGUCAGCUCCAACGGUUCUGCUGAAGGUGUGGAGGAGAUUCCCCGCAAUGUUAAUGCAGGACACUUGGUGACUAAAGUCAGAGCCUAUGACGCUGAUAUAGGAUAUAACGGCUGGUUACUGUUUUCACUGCAGGAAGUUACUGACCACAGUCUCUUUGGUUUGGACCGCUAUACAGGACAGAUCAGAACACUUCGCUCAUUCACAGAGACAGACGAGGCUGAGCAUAAGCUGCUCAUACUGGUCAAAGACAAUGGGAACGUGUCACUCUCAGCAACAGCUACUGUCAUUGUCAAAGUCGUGGAGCCCAAAGAAGCUUUUGCAGCUUCUGAUGUUAAAAGCUCAACAAAAGCAGAGGAGGACAAUAAUGUGACUUUUUACCUGAUGAUAACUGUGGGCUCCGUUUCAGCUCUUUUUCUCGUCAGUAUCAUCGUGCUGAUUUCAAUGCAGUGCUCAAAGUCCACAGACUACACUUCUAAAUAUCUGCCAGAGCCUAAUUAUGAUGGGACACUGUGUCACAGCAUCCAGUACAGAUCUGGAGACAAACGCUACAUGUUAGUUGGACCCAGGAUGAGUAUAGGAUCUACUAUAGCCCCAGGAAGCCAUGCCAAUACACUAAUGCUGCCUGACAGGAGGUCUGCAACUGGCGAGGUAAGAUAUUUUCUAAUGUCAUUCUGCAGGUUGAAAAUGCAAAAAAUAUAUGCAAUCACACAAUUGCUUGUGGACAGCAACAUAAUCAGAUUCACAUUAAUGGCCAUGAUUCAGGGCUUUCUGUGA